AUGGCGCGGCCGGAGGGGCCCCCGACGCUGCCCGAGCCGCUGCGGCGGCGGCUGGUGUCCUUCAGCAGCUCCGUGUUCAGCGACAGCCACCGUACCGCGCUCGGCGACGGCCCCCGCGCCCCCCCGGGCUUCCCGGGCUACCGCGCAGAUUGUGAAAUCCUUUCCAGUUUGCCACUGCAGAUGUCCCUCUAUUUCAAUGUUUAUUUCUUCCCAUUCUGGUGGCUCAUCACAGUUGCCAUCCUCUACAUGAAGUAUCCAGCCUUAUCAGAUUAUUACAAGUUCAUCCUGGUCACCAUCAUGAUCCUGGUCUCUCUGACAGAGCUCAUUCGACUCUACCUGGGAUAUGUGGGCAAUCUCCUGGAGAAAGUCCCUGAGCUGGCUGGGUUUUGGCUCCUGACUCUCCUCCCGCAGUUGCCUAUAAUUCUCUUCUUGCUAUUUAAUGAAGGUCUGAAAAUCCACUCUCUGGAGCGAGCCGUCCACAUCAUCUUCGCCGCCUUCCUCGCCUUCCAAGUGGUGGCGGCGUUUUUCGCCCUCAGGAGGAUGGUGAACACUCUGGCCACUCGCUUCCGCCUCACCGAGUUCCACCGCCUGGAGGAGCAGCGCCCCGCGCCCGGCCUGAGCAGCCUGGGCGCCUCCCGGGGCUGGUAGGGCCGAAGACCCUGCCCCGAGCAGCUCCCGGGGCUGGCAGGGCCAGAGAUCCUGCCCCGAGCGGCUCCCGGGGCUGGUAGGGCCGGAGAUGGCACCCCGAGCAGCUCCCGGGGCUGGUAGGGCCGGAGACCCUGCCUCGAGCAGCUCCCGGGGCUGGCAGGGCCGGAGACCCUGCCCCGAGCAGCUCCCGGGGCCGGCAGGGCCUGAGACCCUGCCCCGAGCAGCUCCCGGGGCUGGUAGGGCCGGAGAUGGCACCCCGAGCAGCUCCCGGGGCUGGCAGGGCCGGAGACCCUGCCCCGAGCAGCUCCCGGGGCCGGCAGGGCCGGAGAUCGCGCCCCGAGCAGCUCCCGGGGCUGGUAGGGCCGGAGAUCCCGCCCGGAGCGGCUCCCGGGGCUGGUAGGGCCGGAGAUCGCACCCCGAGCAGCUCCCGGGGCUGGUGGGGCCGGAGACCCUGCCCCGAGCAGCUCCCGGGGCUGGUGGGGCCGGAGACCCUGCCCCGAGCAGCUCCCGAGGCUGGUGGGGCCGGAGAUCGCACCCCGAGCA